GUUAUUAAAUACUUGGGUUUCUUUGCAGAAUUGCAGCCAGAACAAGGCCAGCACACGGCAGGAACUUCAAACAGAACUGAAUAGCCCACAACAACAGCUCUAGAUGACAAUCACCUUUUCCCCACUGAUUCCUUCUCCUUUGCUUGCAAUGCAUUCUAUGAGUGUGAAGGUAAGGAUUGCUCUGUGUGAAUCCUCCAAACAUUGAGGGAAAAUUUACUGAACUCAGCAAUACCCAUUCAGCAAGUGGAUAAAGUCCCAGCCCAAAGUAUUCUUAGCCAGCUGUGGGACAUUCAAGGGCAACUGUCACAGCAUACUUAACAGCACACCUUGCAGUGGGGAGGGCCACAAUACACAGAGUAUCCCCACACAAUUCCAGAGAGCUUCAAACCAUACAGAGUAAUGUCAGAAGGCUGCAAGCAUCUGCCCUUUUUGUUCUUUAGCCCAACCUUUUAUCCCCAUCACGUUCAUGCACUGCCCCUGUGUGCCCUCUGCUCCCUGGGCACUCCAUGGCUCAUUGCUCACCUGCUUCUCACAGCUGUGCCCAUUGGGGACAAGGGCCACAGCCCCACUCCCAAUCACCAUGAACUGUGUACCUACAGGCAACCAGACCAGCUGUAGGUCUAAACAUAUUCAAAUAUUUCUGGGCAGCCACAGAGACAGGAAAGCAACAAUCUCCAUUACACACAGGCUUUGGACAUGAUCUGUGUGGCAGCCCUCACUCUGUGCAUGUGUCUGUGUGUUGUGGCAGACUCUCCACUUGUGACCAAAUCAAACUGCACAGAACAUUGAUAAAUUCAUAAAAGUUCUACCACAGAACAGAAACACCUGAAGUUCAGAAUACUAUUUAGACAGCUGAAAACAAGGCAAGAAAUAAAACUAAAAUGCUUUUAAGGGUAAAAGACAAAAACCUCUCUCAGUAACAUUUGUGUAUAUUUCAGAAAGUCCCUUAUCUCUUAAGAAACAAUCUCCUCAACAGAACAGUUAUAAUGGGGUUUUCAUUGGGGGAAAUGUACAAAAUUAAAUCCAUUCUUUUUGGUUCUUUAUUCCUGUAGCCCUGAACUCCUCUAUCAUCUGUCUAAAAGAGUUUUGUUUUCUGUUUUGUUUAUAUUUCCCAUGAUGUAUGAAGCAACCCUUUCCUGGAAACAAUGCAGCAUGAGCUAAUGUAUUUAUGAUCCCCAGUAUCACUGUGUUUUCUUUGUGCUACAUCCUUCAAGAAAAAAACAGGUUUUCUUGCCCAAGGACACAGUCCAGCUUAGAGUGUUGGGCACCACAGUCAGAAACAGUCCCAGUCUUAAGAGUGGUUUAAAGGAAAUUCUUUUAAAUAUCUUUACCAGCAUCAUCCUAUUUAUUUGCCUGUCUCUUCAGCAAUCUGUAUAAGUCCAGCAAUUUUGUCUUGGAUCAAAGCAGAAAUCCUCUGACCUCACUGAAAGUGCACCAGAGGUCCAGAAAGAGCAGAGCAAUGAGUCUGCAGCUGUAAGGUGAAUAGCAUCAGGCAGUGCUCAGUUAAAUAACAGGAACUGGUAUGUGUGCUACAAAAAUUAUUGUGGUUGGAUGUUUUACUUACUGCUUUUUCCUGGUACCUUUUUAUGUCCUUUCUGAAUCAAGGUCAGAGGUACUGCAUGUAGUGCUUUCAAAACAUUUGUCACAAACCAACAAUGAAGCAGAACUCUGAAAGGAAAAUUAACAUCCAACAGUUUCUUCAAAGAUGAACUUGACAUAUAUCUUGUCAUCAAACUGAGCCAAGACUCUGCUACUGGGCAUGCAAUCUCAGCAGCUUGUAACAAUACAGUUUGAACUGUUAGUACAGGACUUUGACACGUAAUUCAGUUGAAAUUAAACAGAAGCAAGCAGAAGAGGAAGUCUAUAAUCAGACAGUUUCCAGUUUCAAAAAGCAGAACGUGCACAAGGUUCAUCAUGUUAAAGUUUUACAGAUAAAGUGUACCUAUACAAUAUACUUAUAUUUGCAUAUUAUUUAUUUUAAAACCUCAGUACUUCCUUGUUCAAUUCCCACCUGUGCUUUGUUCACUUUCCCACUCUGGAGUAUGUGCCAAAUACUCCAUAUAAAAAGAACACUGAAAGUUCUGGUGUCUGAAGAUACAUAAUGAGAAAGCUAUCAUGAAAUUUUCCAAAUGUUUGUUGGUAAUUUUAAAACUAUAAAUCUCAAAACUAUAAGCCAAACAUAAUCCCAUGAUUUUUAGAUAAGUAUCACAAUACCAGCAGAGACAGUAAAAAAAAUUCUGAACAGCCAAGAAGAUGGAAGUGUAAUUUCUUCUCAAUUUCUGUCACAGUUCACAGGAAAUACUGAUUUUUAAAAGAAUAGUUCUUUUGAAAAGAGCCAUUACUACUUGACACAAAUAACAUUCCUUAUGUGAACACAAAUGAAAAAAGUGGAAUAUAGUGGUUCACAAGAGGAUACUGUAUCUUACUACAAGAUGUGUACUUGACAGCAAAUUACAUACAAAGUAUACCUAGGAAAAAUUUUGCUUAAAUAGCAGUCAGUGACAGUAUCACAAAUUUUGCUUAAUACUUUAUUACAUAACCAAAAAUUAAAGGAAGAUCAGAGCCAGCCCUAAGUAUUUUUAGGUGUGGACCUGCAAAAUAAUUUUACAGGCCUUAUGCAGGGUUAGGUAUUUCUCACAUAACCAGUCCAAAUAACUCUGGAGAGAGGCAGCAAGCUGAUUCACCAUGAGUUUAAGUUACCUAUUACCUAUAAACCUGAAUAUCUACGAGUCUCUGACACAUUAUGUAUACCACAGAAGUUCAGAUUGUGCAGACUCUUGCCUGUUUCAGGAGUCAAACUGUCUGGACUCCAACAAACCUGCUGCUUGAAGUUAGUAGAGACGUCAACACCCAAACCUUCUCCCAUCGAAUUUUUUGUGAAGACAUUAGCAUGCAUCCUCCCUCAUCAAUCAGAACACUGGAAAAGCAGGUUAGACACCAAAGUAAUCUAGUAAAAUCUUUCAAAGAAGGUUAAAAAAUUACAGAGGGUUAAAUUCUAGAGGAAUUUUUCUUGCGUUACGUGUUGGACAGGGGUAAGAUGAAAUAUCAUGUUUUAAACAGACACAGAAGAUAUAGAACCACCCCCAGUGUUGAUAAAACCAAACAGAGCCACGCCACGGGGAGGGAGGGGACUGUUGUUCACCUGCGGCCGCACCGGGACCGCCCGGGCACUGCUUCCCCAGCCGGCGGAGGCUGCAGGUGCCGGGCUGCCCGGGCGGGAUGCAGCGGUGGCAGCGGGCCCCGGCGGCGCGGCGGCGCUGGGCGCUGCUGCUCGGGCCGCUGGCGCUGCUGGCCGCCGCGCUGGGGCUGCGCGGCACCGCCCGCCCCGGCCCCGCCGACCGCUCGCACCUCUACCGCGGGCUGGAGCUCUCCCCCAGCCGCGGCAUCAACUGCUCGGGGGUGGUCCGCGGCGACCAGACAGCCAUCCAGAGGGCGCAGCUCAACAACCUGGAGGUGGCGAACAGAAGGGUUUCACCGACGCCCGGCGAGUACCUGAACAUUACGAGGGACUGCAGAGCCUUCAAGGAGAGCCGGCGCUACAUCGAGUUCCCGCUCAGCCAGGAGGAGGAGGAGUUCCCCAUCGCCUACUCCAUGAUCAUCCACCACAAAAUCGACAUGUUUGAGCGGCUCCUGCGGUCCGUCUACGCCCCCCAGAAUCUCUACUGCGUCCAUGUAGACAGCAAAGCCCCGGCCGCCUUCCAGGAGGCCGUGAGGGCCAUUGUCGCCUGCUUCCCCAAUGUCUUCGUGGCCAGCCGCCUGGAAAGCGUGGUCUACGCCUCCUGGUCGCGGGUGCAGGCCGACCUCAACUGCAUGCAGGACCUGCUGCAGAGCCCCGUGCCGUGGCGCUACCUCAUCAACACCUGCGGCACCGACUUCCCCAUCAAGACCAACGCCGAGAUGGUGCGGGCGCUGCAGCUGCUGCAGGGCCAGAACACCAUGGAGUCGGAGAGGCCCUCGGCCGCCAAGCAGCAGCGCUGGCAGUACCACCACGAGGUGGGCGAGACCAUCUCCCGCACUGCCCAGAAGAAACCGCCCCCGCCCCACAGCUACCCCAUGUUCACGGGCAGCGCGUACAACGCCCUCACACGGGACUUCGUGCAGUACGUCUUCGAGAACCCCACAGCACAAAAGUUCCUCGAGUGGUCCAAGGACACCUACAGCCCUGACGAGUACGUCUGGGCCACCCUGAACCGCAUGCCGGGCGUGCCGGGGGGCGCGCCCCUCAGCGAUAAGUUCCAGCUCUCGGACAUGAACGCCCUUCCCCGCCUGGUCAAGUGGGAGUACCUGGAGGGGGACAUCAGCAAGGGCGCGCCCUACCCGCCCUGCACCGGCCGCCACCAGCGCUCCAUCUGCAUCUACGGGGUGGGCGACGUGCCCUGGAUGCUGCAGCAACACCAUCUCCUGGCCAACAAGUUCGACCCCGAGGUGGACGAUGCGGCCGUGCAGUGUCUCGAGGAGCACCUGCGCCACAAGGCCCUGUACGGCCGGGGGCUCUGAGGGGGAGGGAGCCGCGGACACUCUGGCCAGCACCUGCUGCCUUCCGUGGGCGAGCGCACCACGGCGCCUCGGGGACAGCGGGACAGGAUGCCCUGAGGGGCCCCGAGGAGAAGCCCCGCGGGGCUCUCACAGGGCCGGACGGACGGACAGACGGGCGGGGCGGCCCGGCGGAGCGAAGGGCCGGUGUGGAAGGGCGGGAGGCUCAGCCCCGGCCCGCGGGGUCCCUCACGGGGGGAGCCCCGCUCUCCCCAGAGCCGCCCGAGGAGGCGGGCGCGGCCCUGUGCAGCCCCUUCCGAGUCUGUGGGCAAAGGGCAGCCCCGAGCUGCUCCGGCAGACGGGCAGCCCGACUCACGGUGCCCCCAGGUUUCGUCUCCGGCAGAGAUGAAACGAUGAUUAAUUUGCUUUUCCACACAGCACCUGGCAGCCGCCCGCCCGUUCGUGGCACCCGCAGCGCUGCUCAGCUGAACAUCUGGCGGCUGCUUUCGCCUCACUUUAAACUUUUACUCUAUCAAAACUCGUUAACCGUUAAAAGCCAACCUUCAAUAAAAUCCAAGGUAGUAAAAUACAUAGCGGUUCGGUGUUUUAUGUCCUCUGAGAAUUGUUUGUGCUGCUGCUGGCAAAAAAAGCAGGCAGCAUUAAACCAGUUAACCCUUUGUGCACCCACUUCUCCGUCUGAAACACAGGCACACAUUGGUGUGCAAACCAUCAUUUUCUAAAAUCUACAUCUCUCUUCCCACCCCACCCUCCCCCACCAAAAAAAAAAAAAUUGUGAUAUUUCAAUACUGUAAUUACCAUAUCCAUUAAUGGACAAUGAACAAACCAAUCACUUAACACACUGGGUUUUUUUAAGUUUCUAGUAGCUGAAAGGAAGAUUUGCAAACUUGUGUAUUUCACCCACGUACUUUUCU